AUGAAGACUAUCCAGCUUCUAUCACUCGCAGCGGCAGCCGUGUCCAGCGCAGACGCAUUCUUCAAAGGCUUCAACAUCGGUGCCAACAUUGCCUCGGGAGCGUGUCGAAGCGAAUCCGACUGGGAAUUUGCAUUCAACAAGAUCGCCGGUUUUCCCGGCUCCUUCAAGAACGUCCGACUGUACGCAUCCAGCGACUGCAACACCCUAGCCAACGCCGUGCCGGCCGCCCUUCGAACAGGCACGACGCUACUCGUCGGGGUCUGGACCGAGGACGACGCCCAUUUCGCAGCCGAAAAGCAAGCGUUGCUUGAAGCCAUCCAGCAGUACGGACACGACUGGAUCCUCGCGGUGUCUGUCGGCUCCGAGGACCUCUACCGAGGCGACACCGACGCCAACACCCUCGCAGGCAAGAUCAACGACGUUCGCGGAAUGCUGUGGGGACUGGGAGCGAGCAGCAAAUCGGUCGGUCAUGUCGACACCUGGACGGCGUGGGUCGACGGCGCCAAUACCCCGGUGAUCGAGGCGGUCGAUUGGCUCGGUAACGAUGCGUAUCCUUACUGGCAGGGCGUCGGUAUCGACAACGGUGCAGCAAGCGAUGCGUACUGGGCUGCUGUCAACAAUGUGCGUGCCGUGGCUCAGGGAAAGGACGUCUGGACUACGGAGACGGGCCAGCCGAUUUCUGGAGACUCGGUCGGUCCCGCCGUCCCCUCGGUCGACAGCCUGCAGACCUACUGGUGGCAGGUUUCUUGCGCCAGCUUCAACAGCUUGAACUAUUUCUUCUAUGACCUGGAUGAUUUUGCGGCCGAGCCAGGCUUUGCCGUGGUCGACACCAACUACAACCCACUGAUUGAUAUGUCUUGCGCUUGA